AUGCUCGCGAAGCGUGGAGGUGUCAGGCUGUCGCUCGCUCGAUCGUUCGCUCGUUCGCUUGUUCGUACGUUCGUCCCGAAUUGUUCGUGAAUCGCCAUUAACGUCAUCGUUCGAGUCGCCGCGCAUCACGAUCACCGUUCUCGCCUUCGUGGCCGCCGCUCAUUCGUUCUCCACUCGCGUUCGGCAUUGUUCGUUGUCCGAUCAACCCGCUCCCACCCCGCCGUCGCCGAGCGCCCCUCCGUCCCCGUGGGAAACCUGCGAGAGCUAACGCUGGGCAGAGCUGAUCGUCCACAUAACAAAGUGAACAGGCACUGUUUGUAAUCGCGAUAAAUGUGGUGAUAUACGCGGUGAGGAAGGAUUAGCGGAGCGAGCAAGAGGGGAAAAGUACUGUGACCAGGAGGAAAGGAUAAAACCAUUUAGACAAUCACGAUCGAAGGGGAAACGCAAUAUCGGAGAACGCGGCUUCUGACUUGUUUGAUGAUCUGACUGGUGUUUCAAACGACGCUGCACGGGACGCUACACAAAAGAACAUUGUAACAGGAAGAGUUUCAAGUGUUGCGCAAAAAAACAUUCAGUGAUCGAUCCGCGACUUGAUAUCAGUGAUUGACAGUUAACGAUUGGAGAGAAUAUUUGCAAGAGUGGACAAGUUCAUUAACAUUGGAAUUUCGUGGAAGGGAGUUUUAUCAACCGAAGUGACAUUCAACGACGACUGAGAAAAAGAGAGAGAGAGAGAGACUUAUUUGGGAUAUUUGUUAAUUUUUAUCGCGUACGAGACAGACACGAGGAUCAAAGGGGAACAGCAGCUUAGAGGAAGCUUUCCGCGUGUCCAUCUCGACUCUCUGUCGCCGCCGUCGCCGUUGCCGUCCGCGGAUUGUGCACGUUCCUCGCUUGGUGCGCGUCAUCGUCAUCGUCGUCGCUGCUCGUGCGCGUUGGUGCGCGUUGUUACGUGGCCGAGGAUAACCGAAGAGCAACGGAAACGCCCGAAGCGGCGCGGCACGGCGGCCGAAGACAUCACGAUUACGUAUCUCGCGGCCCUCCCCCUUCAUUCUCGCCCAGGCGCCCGUCGUACGCGCACGUGUGCGCGCGCGCGGGUGUGUGAGUGACUGCGUGCGUGCGUUUGUGUAUUCCGUCGCGUGUGUCGGCUGCGGAGCGUGCGGCAGGAGGAGAGGAAGAGUGAGCGUGAACGGAAGCCGCCAGGAUUACGCCAAACCGAGGAAAUAUGAGCAUUGCUGCCCUACUGCAGGCCGCCGAGUACAUUGAACGAAGGGAAAGAGAAGCUGAACAUGGCUAUGCUUCAACGAUGCCAAUACCCGAUGAUAUGCGGACGGUUACAAAGAGGCCAAAGACAAAGAAGUCGCAAGGCAGCAGGACGACUCAUAACGAGUUGGAGAAAAAUAGGAGAGCUCACCUUAGGACUUGCCUCGAGAAGUUGAAGCUGCUGGUGCCACUUGGGCCUGAAACUUCGAGGCAUACCACGUUGGGUCUUUUGACCAAGGCCAAGCGUUUUAUCAAGAAUCUAGAGGACCGCGAUCGUAAGCACAUCAUACACAAGGAGCAGCUGUCGCGCGAGCACAGGUUCCUGAGACGACGGCUCGAACAGCUGACGAGCCAGACCGGCCUUCAUGGCCUUCAUGCGCUUCACGGCCUCCACGGGCUAAGCACGAGCGCGCCGACCGGCUCCGCCACCGCUGCGGCCGCUGCCGCUGCCGCCGCUGCUUCCGCGGCGAUGCUGUCUAAGCGGCGCAGCAUCUCCGAGUGCUCCCUGGGCACGGUGUCCACCAGCUCCACCGGGAGCUCUAUAAACUCCGACAGGUCUGCUGGCAGCCCAUCCGUCUCGGAGUCCGACGAAGUGGAUGUGAUCGGUUAUACGAGCAAUCAAUCGGACACCGAUGAUCACAGUAGCGUACAGAGUAGUAGUGAUAGCGGUGUUGCGAUGUCCACCUCUAGGCUGACUCUUUCUGAAAUGAUGGACAAUCUUUAGACAAAGAGGCGGCGAGAUGGCGGCGAAAGAAGAAGCGGUUGAAAAAGAGAAAAGGAUAGGGGAGGGAAAGAUAGAACGAAAGGAAGAACAUCCAUUGGGGCGUACGAAAAUUGACGGCGCGAGAGAUAUUGAUUCAUACACACAUAACAUAUACACACAAAAUACACAUUUAAAUUCAUAUUUGUGUCCUUCCAAAAUGGCCUGGCUGGCAAAGCAACAUUAAAGAAGAAGAGCGUGACUUUGCGAAGAUUUUCAGAGAACAGGGAAGAUUUCAAAAAUCAGAGAUGUACUGAAGAGUAGAAGAUGUAAAAAUUCGGAAGAGAUAGGAAGACAUUAAUCCUAAUAUAAAAAGAAGAAGAAAAGAUGAAGAUGAAGUUGUCUUUGAUAUCAUGUUGGUACUACUAGCCUACAACAUAAAGAAUAAGUACUUUUUGAGACUUUGAAGUCAUUAAAAAUUUAUAAAAAGAGGAAAAAUUGAUUGAGGAAGAAUUGAAAGAAUAUAUAUUGAAUGAUAUUAUAGAUGCUUACAAAAGAAUCUGAAAGAAAGAAGAGAUGUAAAAGAGAAAAAUUAUUUUGAUGACAAGAAAAAACAGGCCAUCUUAAAAAAAUAUUUAUCAUAAAAAUAUAAAAAAAAAUAGAAGAGAGCAGUUUGAACAACAGAAAACGAAAGAUUAUUGAAAAGGAAAAAAUUUAUAUAAUAAUUUCAUUGCAAAUUUUAUUUGGCAUCUUAAAAAUGAGGCAAUAUCCAGAAACAUAUAAUGACUAAGAAAAUCAAAGAAAAAAGUUUCGGAUCAAGAAGAAAAUCAAUAAAGAAGAUACUUUCUGAAAAUUAUGAACGCAGACUGGAAAAUUGCAGCACAUUUUCUAAAAUGACAGUAAAGCAUGAUGUUAUGUAUUGAAAGAAAACUAGAAGAAAAAACAGAAAAAAAAGGAAUAAAAACAAAAUAAUUAGAAAGAAUAAGAAAUGAGAGAAAAAGGCUAAAAAUAAAUUAGAAGAAACUAAAAAGAUUUUGCCAAGAAGAAAGCCAGCAACUUUUCGAGAUGAUUAACUUAGAUAAAAGAAGAGAUGGGCAAUAUAUGAAACAAGACAACAAGACGAAAAGAUAACGAGCGCGACUUUGAGAAUGCAAAAAAUAAAAGGGACAGUUGUAAAUUAUCAAGAGUUGACGGAGAAUCGCAGCAACAUUGUACAUAUUUUUAAGAACAAACAAAUUUAUCGAGAAAGCGUAAAUAUGCGAGAAAGAGAGAGAGAGAGAGAGAGAGAGAGAGAGAGAGAGAGAGAAUGGAUGAGAGAGAGAGAGAGAGAGAAAGUAAAAAAUUAAGUUGGAAGUGGAAAUGUUUAACAGAAGCAGUAGGGAAGUUUUUUAUUUUGUUGCAGGCUUAAUCCAGAUUCUCGCAGAAACGAGUAAAAUAAGGCAUUGAUUGAUCAUUUCGAGACUCGAUCGUUGAAACGUGCAUUUUCUCGAUUUACUUUUCACAAUAUUUGAUAAAAUUAAAAAUUUAUUCUUUAAAAUAUAUUAUAAAAAGUUUAAUUAUAUAUAUAAUUAAUUAAUUAAUUAAUUAUUUUUGUUUUACAUUAUGGAGAUUGAGUCAAAAAAUCCUCAAUUUUUCAAUUAAUAUCGUAAUAAAUUUUUAAUUUGGUUCUAAAAAUGUAUAAAGAGAGAGAGAGAGAGAGAGAGAGAGAGAGACAGAAAGAGAGAGAGAGAGAGAGAGAGAGAGAAAGGAAGAGAUUAAAAAUAAAUAAAUAUAUAGAAAUAUAUAAUAUAAAAACAAAAUUAAUAUAUAGAAAUUAAUUAAUUAAGAAAUUUGUACAAUUAUGUCAAAAAUAAGCUAUAUUUAAAAUUAUAAUUUUAUAAAGUAAAUUUCUAAAAAAAACAAAUUUAUAGUUUUUAUCAUAAUAAAUUUAGAAAUUUAUUUUAUAGGAAUUUAUUACGAAAUUAAUCGAAAAAUUUGGAAGUAUUUACGAAGCAAUCUGUUAACUCAAAAUGACAAAAUUAUUUAUUAUAAUAAUUUGUAAUAUAUAUCGAAUAGAUUUUAUAAAAUUAUUCUACAAAAAAUUUAUUUGUAAAAUUGUAUAUUUAAUUUUAAAUUCAAAUUAUAUAUAUGCAGUAUUUGGAAUUAAUUAUAAUAUGUUAAGGUCAUAAAAUACGAAAUUAUUUUUAUAGUAUAAAAUUGUGUAUAAAAAUUAGAAUUACUUAAAAAAUUAUAUGAAUUAUUCGGUAAAACAUAAAGUCAUUUUUCAAACUAAAUUGCGAAUUUCUUCCAUUCAAUAAUAUUUAAAUAAACAUACAAAUAGUUAAGUAAACUUACUAAAGAAACAAUCCCUGCGUCGUCGCCAUGUUUGUAAGAGGAAAUAAAAAAAAAUUUGCAUAAAGCUUGACACCGCGUAAUGUAGAAAAAAGUGAGGAAAGGAAAAACGUAUUCAGAGCAUGAACAGAAAAAAAUAAGAUAUAGAAAGACAAAUGGCUGAUUUCUCAAUGAAUAAUGAAUUGCGAUUAAUUAAUGAACUACAAUACAAACACAAGUGUUCACUUGUGUUCACGAAUACACACACACACACACACACACACACACACAAACAUGUACACAUAUAUGUUAAGUCAUUAUUCUGUAAUUAAGUGAGCAAAGCAAAGUAUAAAAAGCAAAAAAAGUAAACUGAUAACUAUAAUACGGCGUAAGUGAUGUUUCAUUAUAUAUACAUAUAUAUAUAUACACAUAAAUAUAGAGUGUCCUUUAUUUAUAGAUACAAAAAUAAAUGAAAAAUGCUGAGUGAUUUUUGCUCUCGGCAGAAUUUAUAACGCAUUUUGUUAAUCUACUUGUUUUAAAAAGAAACAAGGAUUAUAAAACAAAAUAAGAAAGUUAUGAACAAAAGAAAUGAAAAAAUAACUAAAAAAAUAUAAAAUAAAGUAAAAAUUGAAGAGAUAAGUAUUAUCAAAGAUAAUAAUUCUAUAGGAAAAAAUUGUCUUAAAAUUUAGGAGACUUGUUAUUAUAAAAGAAACAAUAUAUAGCUGCUGUGUGAAUGUAAUUGAAAAUAAUAAGGGACACUCUAAUACACAUUCAAAGAGUACAAAUUCCGCAAAUCCCUCGUGGGGUGUUCUCGGGGCUGUUACCACCUUUUUAUGUGAUGCGUUUCUUUUUCACGAAAAUGAUCUUUGACUGUUCUUAAAUCAUUCGUGAAUGAUUUAUGAAGCAAACUAAAAGAUAGUGGAUCGAAAGCGAUACAAUAUCGCUGAGUUCAUAUUUCGAUGGUACGAGCGCACGAAAAACUUAUUAUGACGUAGAAUGACAUAGCAAUUGACAUUUUUUCCAAUUUAAUAAGGAUAAUAUCUUUGAAUAACUUUUCUCUUUUGAAUAACUUUUAUCUUUUAUUAUAUCAAGAAUUAUAAGUAUUAUUGUUGCCUAAGAAGGAAAUUAGAGAAUCUUAUAUCAUUUAUAUUUGACCUAAAUAUGGCAGGCAUGGCAAACUAUGGCACAAAACAUUGAAAGAACUCAACGAAAUUAUAACGAUUUUUGAUGCCUAAAUAUUGAAAGUCGGAAUUCUAGGCUUAAAGGACAAAGAUUCGUGCGACAAGAUUCUUCUGUAAGAUCGGCUUUAGAUGAUACGCGUUAAUGGAUAGACUGACUACCAAAUGUAAUAAAUGAUCUCUGAAGACCGACGUUAAAUUAUAGGCUGGAAACAAA